AUGGUUAUUCUCGAAGAUCAGAUAUGGAUGAUCGUCGUGGGAUUCCUGGUAGCAUUCGUUUUGGCGUUUGGUCUUGGUGCUAACGAUGUGGCCAACACCUUUGGUUCUAGUGUUGGUUCAGGCGUGCUGACUUUGAAACAAGCGUGCAUACUAGCAACCAUUUGCGAAAUGUCUGGUGCUGUACUCUUGGGAGCCAAAGUAUCCAAUACUCUGCGCAAGGGCAUUGUGGAUAUUCAGCUGUUUUCCGGCUUGGAAAACGGGGCCGCCACUCUUAUGGCCGGACAGGUUGCGGCACUUGGAGGUUCAUGUAUUUGGCUUUUAGUGGCCACAUUCCUCCGACUACCUGUAUCUGGUACGCACAGUAUCGUUGGAGCCACUGUGGGUUUCAGUCUAGUCAUUUUUGGAGUAAAAGCUAUUCAAUGGAUGGGUCUGGUCCGAAUCGUGGCUUCUUGGUUCAUUUCGCCUGUACUCAGUGGUCUGAUCUCGGUGGGGAUUUUCUACAUCAUUCAUUUUCUCGUACUCACCAAAGAAGAAUCGUACGAGCCUGGACUUCGAGUUCUCCCAGGUUUCUACGGCGCGGUUGUGUUUGUCAAUGCAUUUUCAAUUGUGUACGGAGCACCCCCAAUGUCGUGUGAGGCGCCGGCGGUUUCGGGUCAUGUCACAGCACGGCCCGCGAAACCGGUGGCGUUCGGCUUAGCACCACUCUGUCUGUCAGUCAGUCAGUCAGUCAUCGAGCAGAUGUGUGUGCACUGUGCUCAGUGCUCUGUGGGCAUGCGAGCCACCGUGCAUGUGCGCCAUGCAUCGGGCACCUUUCCCUCCAACGUUACCACUCCAGUCACCAUUACCACACACACCUUCCACACUCAUCCACAUUAUCAUCACAGUUCAAAUCAGGCUGAUAUGUACGAUCAUGCGUCCACAUCCAACACAGUUGAUAGUUCUACGGCAAUGUGUUCCGUUGAGAGCACGCCACUGUCCAUCGAAGGGGCCUUCCUUGGUCAAACAGAAAAGUCCGUUUUGCUCAGCCCGUCUCUCAGCAUGUGCUUACCAAACCACCAUUUGCGCACAGGCGCACACACACAUACUUCAAAUCCAGGUUUCAAAUUUGAACAUAUCCCACUGUGGGGUAUCUUCAUACUCAGUGCAGGUCUGGGUUGUAUCACUGUGAUUCUGGUCAAACUACUUAUGAUCCCGUAUCUUCGUGAAAAGUUUCUUGCCAACGAAUCCACCAGUCCGAAAUGGUCUAUGCGUUUGGGGAAUGAAAUUUCCAAAACGACUGCGCGGUUGACUGCUUGUUGUCGGCGAAACACAGUUAAUCGCCACGCGAAAGCAAAAAUCGACAACGGAGAUUCAGUCAAAUCUGCUCAAGCCGAGUACGGUGCUAACCGUAAGCGGAUUCCAUCGGAGCUGGCCAUGAUCUCGGAGAAUCCUUUGGAUGAGGGCACAGAAAUGCAACCAGUCUUUUCUAGACCGCCUUUGUCUGACGGGUCAGAAACUGUGAAUAAUAGUUUCGUUUGUGGAGGAGGAGAUCACGUACCCGGGAACUCGACCAGCUCAGUCACUGCGGGACGUAUGAAAAUUCAACGUAUCAAGCAUUCAGCUGCAAACAUGCCUGGUCGCACGCGGACUACAGAAUCGGCUCGGGUUUUUGAAAUCACCCCGACCUCGGUAGAUGCAAAGGCUCCAGAUUUUGCAGAUGGAACCAUGUCUGUGACCAAACGAACAGUGCUCGCUCAGCCCUCAUUACCCCCAAUCGGAGAGGAACCUGAAGCUCGUGAUCAAAUCAAGGAUCGACCCUCAGAAGCGCGUGUGUUCUCACUAUUGCAAGUGAUGACCGCUGUGUUUGGCUCGUUCGCACACGGUGGAAAUGACGUGAGUAACGCGAUUGGUCCACUGAUUGGCUUGUGGAUUGUCGGUGUCACGCAUGAAGUGGACUCCAAAAUGCCCAUCCCAGUUUGGUUGCUGGUCUACGGAGGUGUUGGGAUUUCGAUUGGUUUGUGUCUGUGGGGUCGUCGGGUCAUUCAAACCUUAGGUGAAGAUUUGGCCAGAAUCACACCAUCCAGUGGUGUUUGCAUAGAAAUCGGUUCCGCGCUCACCGUACUCUUAGCCAGCAAGGUGGGAUUGCCUGUAUCAACAACUCACUGUCAAGUCGGUUCCGUGGUCGGUGUGGGACGAGCCCGAUCGCGGGAUAAUGUGAAUUGGAGCAUAUUCCGCAAUAUCAUCAUCGCCUGGGUAGUGACCGUGCCGGCCGCGGCCGGGGUGUCUGCUCUGCUCAUGUACUGUUUCACCUUCCUUGUAUAA